GGUUUGCUGCCAGCGGCGUGAGCUUCGGCCGCCAUUUUACAACAGCUCCACUCGCGCCGGACAUAGGGAGCAGCGAGCACGCGUUUCCCGCAACCCGAUUCCUACGGACAGGAUUCCUCCGCCGCAGCCGAACGGGGAGAUCUCUGGAAACAUGGCUACAGAACAUGUUAAUGGAAAUGGUACUGAAGAGCCCAUGGAUACUACUUCUGCAGUUAUCCAUUCAGAAAAUUUUCAGACAUUGCUUGGUGCUGGUUUACCACAGAAAGUUGCUGAAAAACUAGAUGAAAUUUACGUUGCAGGGCUAGUUGCACAUAGUGAUUUAGAUGAAAGAGCUAUCGAAGCUUUAAAAGAGUUCAAUGAAGAUGGCGCAUUGGCAGUUCUUCAACAGUUUAAAGACAGAGAUCUCUCUCAUGUUCAGAACAAAAGUGCCUUUUUAUGUGGAGUCAUGAAGACUUACAGGCAGAGAGAAAAACAGGGGACCAAAGUAGCAGAUUCUAGUAAAGGACCAGAUGAGGCAAAAAUUAAGGCACUCUUGGAAAGAACAGGCUACACACUUGAUGUGACCACUGGACAGAGGAAGUAUGGGGGACCGCCUCCAGAUUCCGUUUAUUCGAUAUUUGUGGGGAAGAUCCCAAGAGAUCUAUUUGAGGAUGAGCUUGUUCCAUUAUUUGAGAAAGCUGGACCUAUAUGGGAUCUUCGUCUAAUGAUGGAUCCGCUCACUGGUCUCAAUAGAGGUUAUGCGUUUGUCACUUUUUGUACAAAAGAAGCCGCUCAAGAGGCUGUUAAACUGUAUAAUAAUCAUGAAAUUCGUUCUGGAAAACACAUUGGUGUCUGCAUCUCAGUUGCCAACAAUAGGCUUUUUGUGGGCUCUAUUCCUAAAAGUAAAACCAAGGAACAGAUUCUUGAAGAAUUCAGCAAAGUAACAGAGGGUCUUACAGACGUCAUUUUAUACCACCAACCGGAUGACAAGAAAAAAAACAGAGGCUUUUGCUUUCUUGAAUAUGAAGAUCACAAAACAGCUGCCCAGGCAAGGCGUAGGUUAAUGAGUGGUAAAGUCAAGGUCUGGGGAAAUGUUGGAACUGUUGAAUGGGCAGAUCCUAUAGAAGAUCCUGAUCCUGAAGUUAUGGCAAAGGUAAAAGUGCUGUUUGUACGCAACCUUGCCAAUACCGUAACAGAAGAGAUUUUAGAAAAGGCAUUUAGUCAAUUUGGGAAACUGGAACGAGUGAAGAAACUAAAAGAUUAUGCUUUCAUUCAUUUUGAUGAACGAGAUGGUGCUGUCAAGGCUAUGGAAGAAAUGAAUGGAAAAGACUUGGAGGGAGAAAAUAUUGAAAUUGUUUUUGCUAAGCCACCAGAUCAGAAAAGGAAAGAAAGAAAAGCUCAGAGGCAAGCAGCAAAGAAUCAAAUGUAUGAUGAUUACUACUAUUAUGGUCCACCUCAUAUGCCCCCUCCAACAAGAGGUCGAGGGCGUGGAGGUAGAGGUGGUUAUGGAUAUCCUCCAGAUUAUUAUGGAUAUGAAGAUUAUUAUGAUUAUUAUGGCUAUGAUUACCAUAACUAUCGUGGUGGAUAUGAAGAUCCAUACUAUGGUUAUGAAGAUUUUCAAGUUGGAGCUAGAGGAAGGGGUGGUAGAGGAGCAAGGGGUGCUGCUCCAUCCAGAGGUCGUGGGGCUGCUCCUCCCCGAGGUAGAGCCGGUUAUUCACAGAGAGGAGGUCCUGGAUCAGCAAGAGGCGUUCGUGGUGCGAGAGGAGGUGCCCAACAACAAAGAGGCCGCGGGCAGGGAAAAGGGGUCGAGGCCGGUCCUGACCUGUUACAAUGAAGACUGACUUGCUAUGUGGGAUUACACCAGAAGCUUGCAGUGGAGUAAUGGUAAGGAAAUCAAGCAACCUUAAAUAUCUCGGCUGUAUAGGAGCAUAUUCUAUUGCAGAAGACCUUCCUAUGAAGAUCAUGGAAUCAAAUACGGGACAUUGAACUAAUACUUGGACUUUGAUAUGAAUUUCUUUAACAAUUUUCUCUGCAGUGCAAGUUAUUAAAAACUAAAGCUACUCUAUUUUCCAAAUGUGUUCCAACAGAAAUCCUUCAUAACUUCUAGCAUGGUAUCUUAAUAAAGAAUAAAGUUCUUCUCUUUAAAAAAUCUGCUCUAAGUAGAUUUUUCCCCUGUUUUUUUAAGUUAAGGAUCCCAGCAGUGGUAUUCUGAAAUAUUCUCUUGAAUUUGUGCAUUUAAAUUUUAUUGCAGUGGUUUAGAUGAAUGCUA